CCUACAACAACCUUCAAACAGUACCCUUCUUCCUUCAAACACCUUCUCACGAUACCAAAUCAGACCAGAAAAUCUAUACGCUCACUCAAACUGGUUCAUUCACUACCCCCGCAAUUGACGGUCCCUGACAAUGCGUUUCCUACUGGUCCUCGUUCUUCCUGUACUCCUCGCAUCAAUUUUUGGUUUCUGCAGUAUGACAUCUGCAGCUCCAGUUCCCAAUCUGGUCCCAAGACGCAGCCCCGUUAUCUCUGCAGUCCUCGGAAGCCGUCGUGGCCAUGGUCUUUCGCUCGGUGUCGGCACUGGUAUUAAUAACGGUAGUUCACUUCUGAAGAUCCAUCGGCCAAGUUUUCGUCGCUCUGAUGAAGAGGAGGAGCAGUCCACCCAACAUACUGCAAUGAACAAGCGCUCAACAUCCUCGCUUGCAGCCAAAGAUAAGAAGAAAACAAUGAAGCGCCGCCUGCACCGAGGGGAUGCCAAGCCUUUGCCAUGGAAACCCUCGCCGUCUUCGAAAGGGAUGAGCCGACGGCGUCAGAUGGAUACGCAGUACGUCCCAGGUGGAAAUGGUAGUGGAGGGCAAUAUGAUAAGGGCAUGCCUUAUGGACGCUCGCUUCCCUUUGCAUGAUAACACUACAUGUAUGAUUUGCAGGCAAUAAAAAGAAGCUCGUCUUUCACACCUGUGCGUUUUCUGGAGCGGCAGCGAUUAAUCUGGU